UUUUAGCGUCAAAUCAUAAAUCAGGACGUGUAGGAGUAGUUUAGAUUAGAAUGAAUUAUUUUAACUGACCUCCUUUUCCUUGUUGUGUAUUGCCAGCAGUCAGUUGGAGGAGAGUCUAUUAAUACCAGCAGUUGGUGUGGUGUGAACCAGAUCGAGGACGAGGUACUAUGCAGAAGACAUUUGGCCAGGCUGUUACUUGUGACAUGGCCUGCAGAGCUGACACUGAACUGAAACCUCAGGGCUUUCGAUUGGCACUUUUCUCUGAGCAAAUAAACACACUGGAUGAGGAGGAAUCUGCUUCACACUUGAAGGACCCUGAGCCUGAUGUAACGCCUGAUGCUACUUUACAAGUAGAAGGAGAGAGUUUUUAUGUCAACCGUCGAUGCCUGGCCCUCCAGAGCCCCUACUUCAGGGCUCUGUUCUUUGGCUGUGGUAUAGAAAGGAACAGAAGGCGGGUUGAAAUCAAAGGUUUGUGUCUGCAACAUUUCAGGGUCUUGAUGGAAUACAGUAAGACAUGCAGCCUAGCUUUGGACAGAGAAAAUGUUCUGGGGAUCCUUGAGACUGCAGACUUUUUACAACUGGAACGAGCCAAACUGCUGUGCUGCAAGUUUCUGGAGCGUGAGCUGCACGUCAGUAACUGUCUGGGAAUGAUGGAGUAUGCCUGGCAGCGGGGCUGCACUGAUCUCUACUCUGCAGCACGACAGGUGGCGCUCACACACUUCACUGCUAUCUCCACCGAAGAGGAUUUUCUUUCACUUUCCAAGGAGACAAUAGCAAAUCUACUUGCUAGUGAUGACCUGGCCAUCCAAAAAGAUGAUCUGGCCCUUGAGGCCACCCUGCGCUGGGUGUCGUUUGACCCUAAACGUGAGGAACAUUUUCUGGAGCUCAUUGAGCUGAUAAGGCCUGAGUCUCUCUCUUUACCAUUUAUCACUGAACUUUUAACCAGAAUGAAGAGCUCUGAUCCCAGAGCCAAGCUCAUCUGCCAGCUGAAUGAACACUUCCCAACAUCUUGGUCAGUAGGAAGAUCAAUGAAGAGGACGAGGGCUGCAGAGACCCUCUAUGUCCUGGGUGGGCCUCAUGAUAAGGAACAACAAGCACUCUACCAUGUUUACCCGCUCAGUGGUAGAUGGCAGAGCUGUGCACCUUUGCAGAGGAAGAACCUCACACAGUAUUCUGUAGCUGCAGUAGGAGACAAUGUGGUUGUGACUGGCGGUUACUUCCGGGACGUGCUGUGGUUCAGUGUGGAUUGGGUCACAAUGUAUGAAUGUGGGAACCAGCGCUGGGUGGAUGGUCCAGCCCUGCAGAAGUCCAGACACAGCCACUGCUCCAUAGGACUUGAUUCAGUACUGUAUGUCUUGGGCGGCAGCAUGGACGAGGGACUUGUGGCUGACGUAGAGAGGCUGGUCCUAGGCUCAGAGGAGGGUUGGGAGGGAGUCAGCCCCUUGGUCAAGGCAGUCGAGAGGGCUGCUGCUGCUGCUCUUGGGCAGUGCAUUUACGUGGCAUGCGGCCUGGAUGAAAAUGGGGAGGUGUAUGCUGGAAUUCAGAGGUACGUAGUGAAGGAGGAUCAGUGGGAUGUGGUUUCCUAUUCUCCAUUUCCACGAUAUGACCUGGUCGCUACAGAACUCCACGGUGCUCUCUACCUGUUCGGAGACCAGGCGCUGCGUUUUGACAUGGAGACGGAUGAGUGGACGGUGCUUGAGGAGGAAUACCUGGACAGAAGGUUCUUUUGUGGCUGCACGACCGUCAGUGGACAGAUAUACCUGGUCAGUGAGAGGAAGAGCAACAAAGCUUUUCCAAACAUGGUGUUGCUUGACCCUUACAUAGACACGUGCAUUGAGAUCGAUGAUGCCAUUCCCUGUCCUGUGCCCAUCAGAGGAUGUGUCACCAUGAGAAUGGUCACGUGAUGGUGUGCAAAGAGCGAAAAGCACUAAUGUCUCCUACAGUAGUAUUUGUCAAUAUGUAAAAUACAAGUGAUAUUUUUGCCUUAAUCAGUGCACAUCCCUUCAGUGAAAUAAAUGAAAACAAGCAUGAACAUGAGUCUAAGACACCAGUUGCUGUUCUGUUUAAUAGGAGUGAUUUAUUUAAGCAUUUCAAUCAACAAAGCAUCCAUGUGCACUCAUAAGAGAUAACAGUCAUGUAAUGCAGUUAAAGAGUAAAAUCACACCUCUGCUUUUUUUUUUUUUUUUUUUGCUUUUAAAAAACAA